GGACCUGAGUUGUGGCAAUAUGGCCAAACGCACCAAGAAGGUCGGCAUUGUCGGUAAAUAUAGCACCUGCUGUGGUGCUUCACUCUGGAAGAUGGUGAAAAAAUCUGAAAUCAGCCAGCACACCAACUACACCUGCUCCUUCUGUAGUAAGACUAAUAUGAAGAGGCAAGCAGUGGAUAUCUGGCACUGUGGUUCCUGCAUGAAAACAUUGGCUGGUGAUGCCUGGACUUACACCACCACUUCUGCCAUCACAGUCAAAUCUGCCAUUAGAAGACUGAAGGAAUUAAAAGACCAGUAAAAGCUCUACCAUCUGAGAUAUUCCUACCCUACAAUAACUGGGUUAAUUU